UGGGAACGCCUCUCCCGGGAGCUUCCUUUCGGUUCGGCUGGGGAAGCCGGACCCCAAGACCUCAAGCCCUGGGGGAGGAAAUUCCGACUCGCUCGCGGCCCACCCCCGCCCCGUUCCUCUCCGCGGCUCGCUGACUCGCUCGCUCCGAUGCGGCCGCGUUCGUCCCCACUUGUAGGCAGCCUGCGGCGGCGGCGGCGAGCUCCGGGGCUCUGGGCAGAGAGAUGGGGCAGGCAGUGACGCGCCGCCUCCGAGCUGGAGCCCGUGCAGCGCCCGGCAGGGCGAUGGACCGCCGAGACCCGCUUCCGCAGGACGCCCCGGCGGUGCCCACGACGCUCGCCGCCCCGGCAGGGAGAAAGCCGAAAGCCAAGGCACCGCUUCCUCCAGCUGAGACCAAACACGUUGAUGUCGCUUCAGUUGCUAAUUCUGUAGAAUCUGCUGCUUUCAACAUGGAACAGAAAGACAACACGAUAGAUAAAGAUAUUGAACUCUCAGUGGUCCUACCUGGGGAUGUUAUCAAAUCAACUACUGUUCCUGGCAGCAAACCUAUGAUGGACUUGUUGAUAUUCCUCUGUGCACAGUAUCACUUGAAUCCAUCAAGUUACACAAUUGAUCUGCUGUCAGCCGAAAAGAACCACAUUAAAUUUAAGCCAAACACACCAGUAGGAAUGUUGGAGGUAGAGAAGGUAAUUUUGAAGCCAAAAUUGUUGGAUAAGAAAAAACCAACACCUAUAAUACCAGAGAAAACUGUGAGAGUAGUGAUCAAUUUUAAGAAAACACAGAAGACUAUAGUGAGAGUUAGCCCACACGCAUCACUGCAAGAACUUGUUCCUACUAUAUGUAGCAAAUGUGAGUUUGAUCCGUUUCAUACAGUGUUAUUAAAGGAUUAUCAAUCUCAGGAGCCCCUGGAUUUGACAAAAUCUCUUAAUGACCUGGGACUAAGAGAAUUAUAUGCCAUGGAUGUCAGCAGAGCCACUUCUGUUACUGCCUUCAGUAAGUCAUCUUUACAAGAAUCCUGCCAGAUAUCUCAAAACUUAGACAUUAUGAAGGACAAGGAAAAUAAAGGAUUUUUCAGCUUUUUUCAACGCAGUAAGAAAAAGCGGGAGCAAACUGCAAGUGCCCCUGCAACCCCACUAAUAAAUAAGCACCGCUCGACUUUUAUGAGGUCCAAUACCGUUUCGAAACCCUAUGUGUCAAACACCCUGCCAUCAGAUGCACCCAAGAAGAGGCGUGCUCCGUUGCCCCCGAUGCCAGCGUCUCAGAGUGCCCCCCAGGAUCUCGCACACAUCCAGGAGAGGCCGGCUUCCUGUGUAGUGAAAUCCAUGAGUGUGGAUGAAACAGAUAAGAGCCCCCAUGGAGCAGGCAUGGUGAGAACAGGCUCAUUGCAGCUCAAGGGCACAUCUGCAGGGAAUUCGUCUUUGAGAAGGACAAAGCGGAAAGCACCUUCCCCACCCUCUAAACUCCCCCCACAUCAGAGUGAGGAAAGCGGUCCUGUGAUGGUAGAUGGAAUUUCUCCGGACAGUGUUUCAGAAGCAAACUCUGCUGAGGGGCUACCCAGCCCAGAAGCCUCCCUUGGCUCUGGGCUCCUCGGUGAAGAAUGCUCCACCCCCAAACUGACAGAGGAAAGCUCUUUCUCUGAGUGUCCUGGAACACCUGAGGCAGCAGUAGCAUCAGUGACAUCUAGAAUAAAUUCUGAUUAUGGCCUUGAAGAGAUAGAUGAAAAGGAAGAACUGAGUGAAGUACCCAAAGAUGAGGCUGAAAAUAUGUCUCUGAAGUCACAAGAUAUUUCGUCUGUAUCUACUGAUAUAAUAGAUGCACUAAAAAAUGACCCUGACUCAGCCCUUGGCAAUGAGAGUGCAAAGUCCUCACAAAACUCCAAGGAAGAGAAACAUGAAACUCGAUGCACAGAUGGACAAGGACCACCCAGCGUAGUGUAUGAUACAAGCAAUAAAGAGUUGGCAGUUGGUAGUAUAAGUAAUUCAAAGUCUUUGGACCAAAACCAAGAGAAUGUAGUUCAAAAUGAAAUAAUUGUUCCAAAGAAUACAGAAGAUAAUGUGAAAAAUGGAGCAAGGAAGACAGACAUCAACGUUGGAGGUGUUACCAACACGUCCAACAAUAUGGAUGUGGAAGUUGACAGACUAUCAAACUCUCUGGCAUGUGAAACUGGUAUUAUUAUGAGUGACACAGAAAACCAUCUAUCAGCUUUAUCAGUACCAGAUCAAAAACUGAAUCAACCCAGUGCAGACAAGACAAAAAUGCAAGAUGCAGCAAUUCAGACAAUCCCUUCCUGUGACAGUUUUUACAGGAAUCACCAAGAUCAUAAUUUGCCUGACCUCAAAGUCAAUGAAAGUAUACAAACUUCACAGAAUAACAAAUCAACUCAACACUCAUUCUUAAGCCCACAAGAUUCUGUAGAUACUUCAAGGGAACGUAGGAUUCAGGGCACCCUAAUUACACAUUCAGAAGAUCAACUCAUCGUGAAAAAUCCAGUUUCUGCCCAUGGUCAUGAUGAUCUUUUGCCUCCUGUAGAUGAAAUUGACAAAAAUUCAACUGUUUCUUACCUAAAAAAUUAUCCAUUUUACAGACAGGACUAUAAUCCCAAGCCAAAACCUUCAAACGAAAUUACAAGAGAGUAUAUACCUAAAAUUGGAAUGACUACAUAUAAAAUAGUGCCUCCCAGAUCCUUGGAAAUAGUGAAAGACUGUGAAUCAGAAACCAUAGGGCAUAAAAAUGACCCAGAGAUACAUACUUUGGGAAAACCCUCUCCCGAGAAUGUGAAAGAAACUGCCAUCCAAAUGGAAGAUCCUGUUAUUUCCGAAGGUCCAAAGGAGUCAGCAGUGGACCUUAAACCUAACUUGAGAACCGACCAUCAGGUACCCAGUGCGCUGAGCUCACCUGAUGGUGCCACAGUUAAUUCCCUGAAACCUCCUUCCAAAGUGAUGAGGCACACUGGCACAGCUCUUUUUGCACCAAAUUUGGAAGACAUUAACAAUAUUUUGGAGUCAAAAUUUAAAUCACGGGUUUCAAAUCCCCAGGCCAAACCAAGCUCUUUUUUCUUGCAGAUGCAGAAGAGAGUAUCAGGUCACUAUGUGACGUCUGCAGCCGCCAAAAGUGUCCAUGCUGCCCCUAAUCCAACACCAAAAGACCUAACAAGUAAAGAUGCAGAAAGGGAUGUGCUGCCUCCUCCAGAGCAGACCCUUUCUUCCUUAAGUCAAACAACCCACUCUGUCCCACAACCCCGUAUUAAAAAAACUGAUGAUGAUCUCAUCAGUCCGCAGCCUGCUGAAACCUCUCCUCCUCCCACGGCCCCGAAACCCGCAGCACUACCUGCUAGCCAGGUGGCAGCACUAAAUCUGAAGACACUGAAAACUUUUGGUGCCCCACGACCGUACUCAAGCUCUGCUCCUUCACCCUUUGCCCUUGCUGUGGUGAAAAGGUCCCAGUCUUUCAGUAAAGCCCGUACUGAAUCACCCAGUGACGGUGCACCUGCCCACCCUCCAGCCGACACGGAGGACGGGAAGACUCCCUCGCGAAAUAUGUCUGUGGACAGUCCACAACUCAGUGUGACUGACAAGGAAAAUAGUCCUGCAUAUAAUGAACAGAACUCCCCAAUCCUGACUCCAGCUGGCUGCCCAUCAUUCACCCUUAAGAGACAAAGUUCUUUAACAUUCCAAAGCUCUGACCCAGAACAGAUCCGACAGAGUUUGCUGACUGCAAUCCGUUCUGGAGAGGCUGCUGCCAAAUUGAAAAGGGUUACUGUUCCGUCAAAUACAGUAUCUGUGAAUGGAAGGUCAAGACUCAGCCGUUCCUUGUCUUCUGAUGCCCAGGAUGGCCCUUGAAGGUUGCCCUGCCGUACUGCACUUCACCGUUUUCCCUUCCCAGACUGACUUCAUCCUAAUGGAAAAAGUGGCAAAUGUAUAUCCAGAUGUACACUAAUAUAUUUUCUGUUAAAGUAUAAGAAUUUGUACUGUGGCUUUUAAUGCCACAAGAAUUACCAGAAUUUAUAAUUUAUAAUAAUUUGUUCAUAUUUUUUGCCUUAAGAGCUGAAUAUGCUGCUUUAGAACUUUACAAUGUUGUGUAAAUGACUUUCAUUUUUUUUUUCAAAUAAGAAAUAAUCACUGUUUACUGACUUCACUUACUGACACAUUCUGUACAAUGGCGACUUAGACAAAAGUAUAAAUUAAGAUUGAUAGACAGGUAUUCGUCUGACACAUGAAGAGCUAGGCAAACAGAUCUGACAAUUGCUGCCUCAAUGUUACUAUUUAAUUGGAAACAUUUGUAAGUUAUAUUAAGGCCUAUUUUGUGCUAAAAAGAAGGAAUUUUCUUCUUUUAGAAGAAAAGUAGUGAUAGUGAAUAAGUAUAUUCCAUUCAAAAAUUAUUUUCCAUUAUGAAUCACUUAGUGCAAAAGACUUAUUUUGUGCAUUCUUUAUGAAUUUAUAAAUCAGUGUCAAACUUCUAGGACGCUCAAGGUAUUUUAAUAUUUUAUUAACAUGGAACACUUGGUUUUUUAAUCUUUAGAACUUAAAUUGCACAAGGAUAAUUUUAAGUAUUUUCUGUAUAUAAUUAUGAUGUUGUCAAACAGAUAUUACACAUUUUAUGUGCCAGAAGCCUUAAAAAUCUUUCUGUGAAAAUGUUGAUAUAUUGUGACAGUUAUUUCACAUUUGAUAUGUAGAGAAGAAUAGGGGUUAGUUUAUGUCCAUAUUGGAAAACUUAAAAGACUAUCUGGAAGUCAGAAAUCCUGGUUUUAAUUCAAGUACGAUUAAAUAGCCAUUAUAUAGUUUAGAUGAUAUUCUAAAUAAUAUAUAUUUACAUUAAAGCUAAAACUAUUAAGCAAAAUAUGCCUAAUUUGUUGGCCUUUAACUACUCUGGGAUCUAGGGCUUGUUGUGGUUCUGUCUCUACAUUAAGAAUUUAAUUGCUCACUUAUUCUAAAAGCUUUGUUCAAACAAGCUGAUACUGUUCGUUUCUAUUAAAGCUACUAGGAUAUCUGC